AUGGCGCACGAGCUGGACCAGAAGAUCCAGGAUGUCUACAAACGUAUCCAGACAGAGCGCAAGGUCCUCGAGGCUUCCCAGCUCCUUCGUCAGGCUACCAACAACCCCGAAGUACUCAGACGCAAUGAUGCUGCUAUUAGGGAAGCAGAGCGUUCGCUCUCCUAUUUCGAGGACACCCUGCGCGAGUUGCAGUCUCGUAAAAUGAUGCAGGCGCAGCGCGCUGAUCACUCUAGAUCAGGGAGUAUGACCGGUCAGUCGUCGGGGUCAUCCGGCUAUGGUGGUCGCCCCGACUCGCGUGGUCCCGCGUCGCCAGAGAUGCGCCCUGUCAGUGGCGGCGGCCCUUACGAUUCCCCUAUCGAUGCCCCAAAGCCAAAGACGUAUACCAACUUUGAUCUCAUCAAGGCAGACACUCCUCAUACCACAGCAAAGAUCUCUCGAAUGCUUCAUCAACUCGAGUUCAAGCUUCAGGUCGAGAUGCAGUACAAGAAGGGUAUAGACAAGAUGGCCAAACUAUACCAACAGGAAGGUGACAAAAGAUCUAAGGCAGAUGCUGAGGGCAAACGGGUAGAGAGCGAGAGGAAGAUACAGCUGCUACAAACGGCUCUGAAACGCUACAAGACACUUCAUAUCAUGGAUAAUGAGGAAGAGGAAGAGGACGGUUAUUCCCACCUGCAGCUAACCUUCCCAGAAGCUACUCCAGGCCCCGUCGGGCCCGGUGUGGAUGGCGAGAGAAAGGACAACCUUCGUAAUAAGCCGUUAUCCGGCAAACUCCAGAUAACUCUCAAAGGCGCUCGAGAACUAGAUCAUGCUCCCGUUGUCUCGACUGGUCGCUCACGUUCAUCGUCCAAAAUCGUGGAAACCUAUAUAUCCUUCAAAGUCGAGGGCACGCAGCGCGCUAGGUCGCAUCCUACCCGGACGGACCGCUGGAUGGAAGAUUUCGAGAUUGUGGUGGACAAGGCGAAUGAAGUCGAGGUGGCAAUCUUCGACAAGCAAGCCAGCGAAAUCAAUCCCGUCCCCAUCGGUCUUCUCUGGAUCAAGAUCAACGACCUGGUUGAGGCACAGCGGCGACAGAAGGUUAUGGCAGAAACUGAAGUCGGUGGGUGGGUUACCGCCGGGGCAAUGGACGGCGAUGGCGGCGUCAGCUCUCCAGGUGGCGGUAUGAGUGGACAGACGGGGGGCUUGGACGCCCCAAUAGGGUACGGCGACAACCGUAUGAUGGCACAAACCGCCGUGGCUUCGGGGGCUACUGAAGGCGUGGAUGCAUGGUUUGCUGUCGAACCUGCCGGUGCUAUCGCCCUUCGUCUCAACUUCAUCAAGGAGAAUGUUCGCAAGCGUCCGCUGGAUGCCCCUGGUGGCUUGGGCCGUCAAGGUGCCGUUCGCAAGCGCAAGGAUGAAGUUCACGAGAUGAACGGUCACAAAUUCGUUCAACGCCAGUUCUAUCAGAUUAUCCUCUGUGCCUUCUGCAACGAGUUCUUACUCAACGCGGUCGGCUACCAGUGUGAAGAUUGUCGGUACACCUGUCACAAGAAGUGCUACGAGAAAGUUGUUACGAAAUGUAUAUCCAAGUCGAACAAUGGAGAUGACGAUGCCGAGAAAAUCAACCACCGUAUUCCUCACCGUUUCGAACCAAUCACCAAUAUUGGCGCGAACUGGUGUUGUCAUUGUGGCUAUAUGCUCCCCCUUGGUCGCAAGAAUGCUCGCCGAUGUACGGAAUGUGAUAUUACCUGCCACGCAAACUGUGCGCAUCUUGUUCCCGACUUCUGCGGUAUGUCUAUGGAGACUGCCAACAUUCUCCUACGUGACUGGAAGGAUAUCAACCGAGCCCGUGGCGGUCGCUUGCACCAGCAGCAGCAGCAAAGAACAGCGUCGCAGGGCUACCCUACUCCCUCGCAGUACCCAGGGACCCCUGUAUCAUCUGAACCUCCACUGGACCACUUGGCUAGUGACAUGGGUCAUCUGCAGAUCAUCACUGGACAAGAACCUACGCCACCCUCCAAGACGCCCGAGUAUGGCCAUCGCCAGCCAUCCACCGACCCACGGAUGAUGCAACAAUCAGCAAGUCCGUACCCACCAGGUACACCACAGUCGGCACCCCGGCCACUUCCUUCUGGUCCUGGCGGCAGACCCGCGUUCCCCACGGAGCCAGUGCAGCCACCUUUGUCCGGUGGCCGCGCUCCCGGACCUUACGAUCAAGACCCUUACGCUUACCAGCUAGCGUCCACUCAUCAGCCACCGGCUGCUCCAGCCAAGGGAUACCCUCCAAAUGCCAUGUCCCCAACCCAGGCACCGUCACCAUCAGAGCGUCAGACGUCACUUCCGCCUGUACAGCAGCAGCAGCAGCAACAACAACAACAGCUUGCGCGGCAAGGCAAGCGGAAAGUCGGGCUGGACGACUUCAACUUCCUGGCGGUACUCGGAAAGGGCAACUUCGGUAAGGUUAUGCUGGCAGAGGAGAAGAAGUCGAGUAGCCUGUAUGCUAUCAAAGUCCUGAAGAAAGAAUUCAUCAUUGACAAUGACGAAGUUGAGAG